AACCCCACACAAAUCGUAGCCGUGUACUCCAUAAUAGAGCAAAAACAACUUGGUGAAUUAUUCUAUCUUCUCAAUUAACAAUGAGUGAAACUGAAUCCGACUACUCCAGAGAGGAAGAACAGCCUGUAGAACGAGGCCAUCGCCCGAGUACAUCGAGGAGGGAAAAAUACCCGACGCCGAAUCCGCCUCCGAGGCAUGCUUGGUUACGUCCGUGCAUGCAAGGUUAUGCCGGACGAAUCAAUCACUAUGUAAAGGACACGACACUGAAGGAAGUGGAGACCUGUCUGACGCACUACCAGCGUUUAGAACAAUUUAAGAAAGGUCCGUUUGGGCAUUUACUUCAGUUGAAGAGGCAGGAUAGUGCGAAUGCCGCACUGCACCAUCUUCUUGCACGGGAGUUGUAUGACAAAGCAUUCGGUCCGUGGGAGAAGUGGUUCCACGUUGGUGGACACGACAUUCGAUUCGGCGCAGUGGAGUAUUGUCUGGUGACGGGGUUGUGUUUCGGGCCAUCCCCGCAGCGUUUUGAUCCUAAUGUGGAUCACCGUGUUGGGAAGCAGAGUCUAUGGCACGGAGUUUUGAAAGGCAAGAAGGUGGAAGUGAAGGAUCUGCGGAAGCGGUUCGUUAACCGCAGUCUGGGCAACAGUGCCCAGGAUUAUUUGAAGGCGGCCAAUAUUCUCGUGGCGUAUGAUCUCCUCUUCUGUCGGGAUUAUAAAUACGUGCACGAUUGGGUGUGGGCACUGGUAGAGGAAGAUCAGAAAUGGUCCGACUUCCCGUGGGGCUCUUACUCAUUCCAGAUUUUUUGUCAUGGGAUGAGUGUGUUGAAGAAGCAUCCCAACGAGAUUACCGGUAAUAGGAAGACGUACCACUUCUAUGGGCCCAUAUGGGCAUUACAGAUUUGGUCGUACGAGGCCAUUCCGAGGUUGGGCCGCGCGUGUGGGAUGCGUGACACGAGGUUGCAGAUGCCACGAUUGGUGAACUGGACGACUUGAAAGUCGGCUUCUGACUUCACCCACUUUUUUGAUGCUCAUGAGGCCGAGUGUCACCGGACACUCGAACCGGUCGAGGAGGAGAAUGAUUCAUGGUAUUUGCAGACCCUGAGGCAUCCAGAGCCUUUUUCUGUACGAUACCAUCCUGGAGGGAAAUAUGCCGGCUUGACAGAGCCAGUUGUACCGGAGCCGCCUCCUCCUGUUAGG